AUGGUGUGUUUUGCUGCUAUGCGAAGGGGGGAUUCUGCGUUUUCUGUGGCCAUGAAUUUGGUUUGCAUUUUUCUGUACAUUCUAUUGGUCUCUGGCCAAUCUUCAGAUGAGAAAAAGAUUCUGCUGGAAUUCAAGAAAUCUGUUUCAGACCCUCGUGGAAUUCUUUCCAGUUGGAAUGCAGACAGUUCCAACUAUUGCUCUUGGUUUGGAGUGUCCUGCAAUUCCAAUUUCAGAGUUUCCGGGCUGAAAAUUGGAGGUAACUUUUCGGUUUCUCAUCAGUGUUCUAUGAAUUCCAUGUUAGCUAUGCAUGGCAUUGGAAUACGAAGAAACUGCUCUGAAAUGAAUGGAAAAAUAGUGGGAAAACUGCCGCCUGUUAUCGGAAAACUCAAAGAACUUAAGGUUCUGUCACUUCCAUUCAAUGAACUCGGUGGUGAGAUUCCUGUCCAAAUAUGGGGCCUGAAAAAUCUUAAAGUACUUGAUCUUGAAGGGAAUGUUAUUGUGGGGAACUUUUCGGAUUAUGAAUUCACUGGUUUAAGAAAAUUAAGGGUUCUUAACCUUGCAUAUAACAUGAUUGCUGGGAAAUUUCCACCUUCCCUCGCGAUAUGUAGGGUUUUAAGGAUUUUGAAUUUAGCUGGAAAUGAAAUUAAUGGUGUGAUUCCCGGAUUCAUUGGUGGUUUUAGGAAGUUACGAGUGCUGAGUUUGUCGUUUAAUCAGUUAGUGGGCCAUGUCCCAGAUAAUUUGGGGUAUGAUUGUGGGAAUCUUGAGCAUUUAGAUUUGUCGGCUUAUUUCCUAAAGGGGGAAAUUCCGCUUGCUGUGGGAAAUUGUAGCCAUUUACGGACACUUUUGUUGUCUUCAAAUGCGUUAUAUGGCUUUAUCCCUAUGGAGCUAGGUGAACUUCGAAACCUUGAAGUUCUGAAUGUUUCGAGAAACAGAUUAAGUGGUCCCCUCCCUGAAAAGCUCGGAAAUUGUAUUAAUUUGUUGGUUCUCAUUCUUUCAAGUCAAAUUAAUGCUCUCCCGAGCAAGACGAAUCCACGUGGAGCAGUGUCUCCCAGAAUAGCUGAUGCAGCAUUAGAAGAUUAUAACUGUUUUAAUGGUUCCAUUCCCAUUGAGAUUACCACACUUCCAAAGCUGCAGAUAGUUUGGGCUCCCAGAGCCAACUUUGAAGGACCGACCAAUUGGAGCCGUUGUGCUAGCCUGAAGCAUGUUAAAAAGUCGCCGAAGCAUGCACCUUCUGCAUCAAGAAGCCAUCCUAAAAGUGGUAAAAACGGAGUUAAUCUUCUAGCUAAAGUAUGCAUAAUAUCUGCAGCAGUCGUUAUUGCAGUUGUUUUGGCUUUUGUAUUAUGUUAUGCAAAAAGGAAAAUAUCAGAUUCAAAGGGUCAGAAUACUUUAUCACCACAGAGAAGGGAAACUAACUUUUUCAAGGACAUCGGGGUACCCUUAACUUAUGAUGGUGUGGUCCAGGCGACGGGAAAUUUUAACAGUAGCAAUUGCAUAGGAAAUGGUGGAUUUGGUGCCACCUACCGGGCUGAAGUUUCUCCAGGAUUGACAGUAGCAGUAAAAAGGCUCACUGCUGAAAGGUGCCAAGGCAUCCCACAGUUCUGUGCUGAGGUCAGGACCCUUGGAAGAAUCAAACACCCAAACCUCAUAACUUUGAUAGGGUAUUGUGCCAGUCAAGCGGAAAUGUUUCUGAUAUAUAACUACCUUCCUGGAGGAAAUCUAGAAGAAUUCAUUCGGGAAAGAGCCAGAAGAGCUUUUGAUUGGAGAAUAGUUCACAAGAUUGCUCUCGAUAUUGCCUCUGCACUAACUUAUCUGCACGACCAGUGUCAGGCCAAGGAUUUUUUCUUCUCAUCUCUAUGGGAUUCGGGCCCACAGGAUGACCUUGCGAAAAUGCUGCAUGUGGCUAUUCUUUGUACUCUUGAAUCAUAUUCAGCUCGGCCUACAAUGAAGCAAGUUGUGCAGAGACUCAAACACUUUCAACCGCCUAGUGACUAA